AUGACGGACGGAUACAAGACCGCUAUUGUGGAGAGGUGGAGAGUUCCAAACACUUCGGAUUAUCUGCUUGAUAGUUAUUCUUCCACUAACCCCGCGAUGGCCAAAGAGCGUUCGCCACGACGCUCGUGCAACAUCGAAACCACGUCCUCGGUGCAAUAUCAUGCAAUAAGCUAUACGUAG